AUGCUUGCCAUUGUUGUAUCGAGUUUGAUUCUGUCUGCUUAUGCAGAUGGAAAGAAGGCCGUGGACUUGCACAACGAUGCACCGGUCGAAUCAGUGGGUCUCUUGCAGGAGCAUGUGGUUUUGCAGGAGCACCUGGCAAUGAAGAAAUCGCGUGACAUAUCAAAAGGUCACCUGCGGCCUGGACAGAUGGCCUUGCAUCCAGAGGCCGCUGGUCUCAUCCAGAAGGCACAGCAAGAGCCCGAUGUCACCGUUGAACACCAGUCGUGGUUCUCCAGGCUUGGCGAUGCAUUUUGGAGUGUUAUCGCCGGCCUGUGCUUGAUUCCGUUUUCGUUGGCUCUGAUGUGGAUGAACGAACGGAGAAAUGCCCAGCAGGAGAGCAUCCUGCAGCUGGGAAUGACAGAAGUGCAGACCAUCGCAUCCAAGUCGGUCGACGAAAAGCUGCACGGAACGUUGGUUCACAUGAACGACGCCGAUGCUCAGGGUAUGGAUGAGAUGAAGGAUCGACGCUUCCCCGCACUUCGAAUGGAAAGUGGCUGCUUGAGGAUGAAGAGCCAGGUCCAGGUAUACCAGUGGAAGGAGACCAAGAAGCAGGAGAAGAAGAAAGACUCUUUGGGUGGCGGCGAGACGACGGUGACCCACUAUGAAUACAGCAAAAUCUGGUCUGAUACACAGAUAGAUUCGACCUCGUUCCACCAGCCGACGCAUAGAAACUCCAUUUCCGUCGAUGGACUUCAGUGUGGCACGGAAAAGAUCGCCAACACCACGGUCAAGUAUGGCGAUGGCUAUUACUUGACGAAGGAGAUGGUCGAGCAGCUGGACAACUGGAAAAAUGCCAAUAGCCACGUGAAGGUUUUGGAGUACAACGGCACCCGAUUCGGCAAUCCCUCGGAAGGGUGGUUGUAUUAUCCAGACAGCGCGGCCCAGGCUCCAACCGUUGGCAGUGUGCGUGUGUGUUUGGAGUACGUGACAGAUGGACCAGUUUCGAUCGUGGCACUGCAAGCGGAAGACGACAAGCAUCCACGUGCAGCUUCUUUCUUGCCAUACCGACUGGUCUCCCGAGGGCUUUGCUGCGGCCUCCGCGACGAAGCGUUGCAGAAAGCCCUUCUUACUCAGGGCCGCAAGAACUCUCAAGAGCUCUAUGACGAGGAAGCGUGGACUUCUGGCCCGUUUGCUUGCCUGUGCUGUUGCUGUAACCUCAUUGCGCGGCUCUUCGCCGCGCUCGCGCCUCCGCAGAUCUUCGCCGCCUACCCCGGGCACAGCACUGCGGCGGAGGUCUUCGACAAGCUCACCAUGUCUGGCCUUGUGAUGAAGUGGGGCCUGCGGCUUUUGUCCUGGGUCCUUCUCUACGCCGGCACCUACGCCCUCUUCCAGCCUUUGCUGGUGGUCCUGGACAUUCUUCCGUUCCUGGGCCCUUACAUCAGCUCUGGGGCAGGCUGGGUGAUUGGUUUAGUGGUCUUCCUAGCGACGGCCGUCCUGGCCACCUUGGUCAUCUCCGUGGCCUUCCUCCGCUACCACCCGCUUGUCGGCUUGACUUACAUGGCCGGUGUCGGCAUCAUCGUUCUCGCGACGAUCGGCAUCAUGCACUGGCUGGCUUGA